AUGCUUUCCAUUCAGCAAAGAUAUAAUAUUUGUCUAAUGGCGGAGAGGCACCCAAAGUGGACGCAACUUGAAUUGGCAAAAUGGGCUUAUGAGACGUUCCAGCUGCCAAAAAUUCCAUCCCAAGGCACAAUAUCGCGUUUGUUGGCAAGGAAAUCAACUUAUAUGAAUUGUAAAGAGCAUGAAAAAGAUGCGAAUAGAUUAAGGAAGCCAAAUAAUCUUUUGGUUCGGAAAAUUUUACAAGAAUGGAUUUCUCAAAGUUUGUGGAAUGGAAUCCCUAUAACGUCACCUAUUAUUCAAGACACUGCACAAGCUGUUUGGCACAGAAUUCCUGCGGAGCAUCGCGAGGGAAAUGGUUCUUUUAGUUAUAAAUGGAUUUCGAAUUUUUUAUCAAAAAUGGAUGUCAAUAUUUCUGUUUUAGACGAAGAGUUACCCAAAACCCCAAAAGUCUGGACAUUUGAAGAGAGGGAUGUAUUGAAGGCUUAUUUCUCCAAAAUUCCUCCAAAGGAUUUAUUCACUUUAGAUGAAGCGUUUCUCUCCUACAACCUACCGUUGGAUUAUGCUCAAUAUGAAGCAAGUAGCAUUCAAAGGCGUAUAGAGGUGGCAACUGUCAUGCUGUGCUCCAAUUUAGAUGGCUCUGAAAAGUUAAAACCUGUUGUCGUGGGCAAAUAUGAUAGUUACAAAUCAUUCAGGAAUUAUUUCCCCAAUGAACCGAAUGAUCCUGUGUCACAAUCAAUGUUGGGUACUAAGAUGGCUAAGAAAUUUGAUAUCUCAUACCAUAGUAACAGGAAAGCAUGGCUAACGAGCAAUCUUUUCCACAACUGGUUAGUCAGGUGGGAUAAGAGGUUGGUUGCUGUGAAUAGGAAGAUUUGGAUUGUUUUGGAUGAUUCUUGCUGUCAUCGAAUAAUUAAUUUGCGCCUUCAAAAUAUAAAACUUGUAUACACUUCCUCAAAUUCAAAGUUUUUGCCAUUUAACUGGGGUGUCUGGGAUGAAUUCAAAACACGAUACAGAAUACAACAGUAUCAGGCGCUCAUUGACUUGCAAAAUAGAAUUUCGAAGAAUAUCCAAAAUAAAAAUAAAUCAGAACGGAACGAAUGCAUACCCAAUGGUAAAAAAUGUUUGAUUAGCUUUGAGCAGAGUCAACUCACAAUGUCAAAUGCAUUCAAAUUUAUUAAAAAAGCUUGGGAUGAUAUACCCGUUGAUGCUAUCAAAGCAAAUUGGAAAAGUUCCGGUCUGCUUCCUCCUGAAAUGAUACAUUUGAAUGAGAAUGUUAGUAUGGCAUUUAAGAAAAACGAAGUCUUAGAGAGCGUUUUGAAUAGAUUAUGUGAUGAAUACUACUGUGUUAAAAAAUGGGAAUAUGAAAUGUUGUUAGAUUUAAACAUUGAAAACAAAAACACAAACUUCUUGAGUACAGAAGAAUUAGUGGAAAGUGCUAUUGUGGAGCCUUGUGAACCUGAUUUUGAUACUGCGCCAAAAGGUAAUGAGGUCCAUGAUGAUAAUUUUGAUGUAUCAGUUUUUGCCAAUGAAGAUGAUAAUAAUCAAAAUCAUUUAAGCAUGUCACAAGCUAGCCACAACCCCGAUUACAACAGUAAUCACAGCAACAAUGCUAUUGAAAAUACUAAUAAUAGAGGCAGUAAUAAUAAUAACAAUAAUAAUGGUAGUAGUAAUAAUAUUAAUGAUAAUGAUAGUAGCGUAAAGUAUUUGCAACAGAAUACUGUUGAUAAUAGUACCAAAACAGGUAACCCUGGACAACCAAAUAUUUCUAGUAUGGAAUCGCAAAGGAACUCUUCGACUACAGAUUUAGUUGUUGACGGUAAUUAUGACGUCAAUUUUAACGGCCUUUUGAAUGAUCCAUAUAAUACAAUGAAACAGCCGGGCCCAUUAGAUUAUAAUGUCAGUACAUUAAUCGAUAAACCUAAUUUAUUCUUAAGUCCUGAUUUGGAUUUAUCUACUGUUGGCGUUGAUAUGCAACUACCAUCAUCAGAAUAUUUUAGCGAAGUAUUUUCUUCAGCUAUCAGAAACAACGAAAAAGCUGCCUCAGAUCAGAACAAAUCAACUGAUGAACUUCCUUCAAGCACGGCCAUGGCAAAUUCAAACUCGAUAACGACUGCCCUUCUAGAGUCAAGAAAUCAAGCACAGCCGUUUGAUGUCCCACAUAUGAAUGGGUUGCUGAGCGACACAUCAAAAAGCGGACAUUCUGUUAAUUCCUCAAAUGCUAUAUCUCAAAAUUCUCUGAAUAACUUUCAACAUAAUUCGGCGUCCGUCGCGGAAGCUUCGUCUCCUUCAAUUACACCAUCUCCUGUGGCAAUAAACUCAACAGGCGCUCCAGCGAGAUCUAUUAUAUCUGCACCCAUAGACUCAAAUUCCUCUGCGUCAUCGCCAUCAGCUUUAGAACAUCUUGAAGGUGCUGUUUCCGGUAUGUCACCCUCUUCCACCACAAUAUUAAGUAACUUACAAACAAAUAUAAAUAUCGCCAAAUCAUUGAGUACCAUUAUGAAACAUGCAGAAUCAAACGAAAUAUCACUGACGAAAGAAACAAUAAAUGAACUUAAUUUCAAUUAUUUGACACUUUUAAAAAGGAUUAAAAAGACUAGAAAACAAUUAAAUAGCGAAAGCAUUAAAAUAAACAGUAAGAAUGCACAAGACCAUUUAGAAACCCUUCUAUCUGGGGCUGCAGCUGCAGCUGCAACUUCCGCCAAUAACUUGGACCUUCCGACUGGUGGUUCAAACCUCCCAGACUCUAAUAACUUACACUUACCUGGUAACACAGGCUUUUUUUAG